AUGAGGAGAGGAAAUGACACAUCAAGCACAGAUUUCAUUUUCCUUGGACUGUUUCCAGAUGUGGAAAAUAUUACCUACCUUAUUUACAUCAUUCUGCUGAGCUACAUCAUUGCUCUCUUUGGAAACACCACCUUGAUCCUUCUAAUAUGGGUGGAUUUUCAACUUCAUACCCCCAUGUACUUGCUCCUCAGCCAACUUUCUGUCAUGGACUUAAUUCUCACCUCUACCACUGUUCCUAAGAUGAUCACUGACUUCUGGUUGGACAGGAAAAAUAUCUCACAGGUCGGCUGUGGAUUACAGAUGCUGUUUUACCUAACCAUAACGGGUUCUGAAUGUAUUCUCUUGACUCUGAUGUCUUAUGAUCGCUAUGUUGCUGUCUGCAACCCACUGAGAUAUUCAAUCAUCAUGAACCCCAGGGUCUGUCUGUACAUGGCUACUUUCUCCUGGCUGGUGGGAUUUUUAAAUUCUCUUGUCCAUACAGUGUACACCAUGCAUUUAUCUCUCUGUGAUACCAGAGAGAUUCAUCACUUCUUCUGUGAGGUCCCAGCUAUUUUGAAACUCUCCUGUGAAGACACUUCUGUGUAUGAAAUGAUUUUGUUUGUGAUAGGCAUAGUAUUCAUCCUCAUCCCGUUUGGACUCAUUUUGGCCUCAUACAGCCUCAUUUUCUUGACUGUCUUCAAUAUGAAAUCUCUGAAGGGGAAGAACAAAACCUUGACUACCUGCUCCUCCCAUCUUACAGUGGUGAGUCUCUAUUUAGGUUCAGGCAUCUUCGUCCUCCUGAUACCUCCAACUCUGUACUCAGAAGAGGAAAGCCAGACAGUCUCCUUGUUCUACAACAUUUUCACCCCUAUGUUAAACCCUAUCAUUUAUAGCCUGAGGAAUAAAGAAGUGGUGGGUGCUCUAAGGAAAAUUCUAGCAGUGGGUAUAAAUUCUCAGAUAAAAGACACAAGACGUUAG